CUUGCUUCUAAUGCUUGGUGGGCUAUUUGAUUCUAGAAGGUGUAACGGGGUUAAAUCAUCAUAUAUCGAGUUGUUAAUAGGUUCCGUUUUUCUUUCUAUUGCAGGGCAACCAAGAAUAAAUGCUUUAGAAAAAGAAGAGCUAGCUCUGCAUGCACCGAACCUACAGGAUGACUCAUAAGACCGUUUUGUAAACUAGCUCUUCCUUCUGUACACAACCCGCAAAUUUUAAUUUUCAGAUAAACGACUGGUGGUUUACAUCCCGUGUUCUCUCUCUCGUGUGAAGUGCUCGGUUAACAUUGUAUGUGUUGUGUUUUUAGGUCUUCCUGCCUUUCAGUGACUGCUGAUUACGCGUGUUACGUAGGUGUAACGGGGAAUCACCAUAUAAGAUGUUGGUAGAUUCCGUUUUCUUCCUAUUGCAGGGCGACCAAGGAUAAACGCAUAGAAGAAGAAAAGCAAGCUUUGAGUGCACUGAACCUACAAGAUGACUCAUAAGACUAUUUUGUAAGCUAGCCAUUCUUUCCGUACAUGGCCCGCGAAUUUGCUGCAAGGAGUUAAGGUAAUCGAUCGAAUUCUCACUUGCUUUCUGGUGACGCGAUAAAAACUGGAUAGUCACUUGCUGGGUGUCCACGGGUAGGGAAUAACAGUCAUCUAGGAUCUUACGAUUUUGAGUAAGUGCGUUGCUUGCCACAAAACCGUUGGCGGUAGCUCUUUUUACUACUUCAUCACUCAGGUAGGAUACGAGGUUAUCAAAAUGUUCGGACGUUAGGACUUUUUGCAGAUAUACUGUAACUUUAAAUUUCCAAACAAAAUAAUCUGUUAAAGCUUCAAGCAGUGGCGGCUGACGAGAGGUUGAACCGGGUGCUGCAUCGACUGGAAUCACCGGGGUUUGUCUAGGUCUCGUCGCGUUUUCCCGUAAACACCCCCAUCACCAUUUGUAUUAACUGGUGGGCUUCGGAGAAAGUGUUCUCUUAGUGGGCCGGGCACCACUCCUUCGACGAAACCCGAGCGUACUUAUUUCUCUCGUCCCAUGACAUCUAGGUGAGGAAAUGGCUAGCUUACAAAAUAGUCUUAUGAGUCAUCUUGUAGGUUCAGUACACACAAGGCUUGCUCUUCUUCCAAAGCGUUUAUCCUUGGUCGCCCUACAAUAGGAAGAAAACAGAAUCCAUUAGCAACAUCUUAUAUGGUGAUUUCGACUCCGUUAAAAAGGUUUUUCGUAACUGUAGUGGGUAUUUAUCCUUGGUAAACUUUUAAAAAUCGGAGAGUAGCACUUAUUUGAUUGACCAUAAAAGUGGUCCUUUGUGUAAAAUUAUAUCAGACACGCAUAAAGUAACUAAUUUGUGAUUCAAGACUCAUUCAUCCACCCUGUGUUUUUGGUAAUGAAUUUGUUUAUAUCUUAAAACACGCUAAAAAACUUGGUUUUGCACAAAAACCUAAGGAUGAAACGCCUAGAUUUACUAAAAUGUUAGUCGAUGUGACUCCCAUGUUCGGACUUGGUUUUGUCCGUCUGUGUUACACAUUGACUUAUCGAUAAAUGUGUACUGCUAUGAUGAUCCUCAGUAUAUUACUGGGAUAGGGUUGGAUGUUGAGACAGUGUUCUCAAACAACUGUUGGUGCCUUGGGAUUUACGUAUAAAGCAUUUGAUUUUUAGAUGAGUUUGUAUUUAUGUAAGGUUUGUUGUGUGUUUCUAUGUACAUGGUCCGUCAAGUAUUUCAUUUAGCAGUUCAAGGGAACUUCUAGGGAUGUUUCUUAUGUAUGCGAUCACUUGGAGUUAUACCGAACUAUGGUUACCAAAUCUCCUAAAUACGUUUUGAUUUACUCUCGCACCUAUACAUGGUUUAAUUAAAAUAGUGCUUAAAGUGGGUUUUUCACGUUUUGUAUCGACAGAAGACAAAGUCCCCACAAACUAAAGUUGGUGAAUCGAACUUCUCAAUGUACACUGAAAUGCAUUAUCCUAGAUACCAUCCUUCUCAGUAAAUAACUUCUCACACAUUUUCUUUCAUAAACAGACCACCAAUAAUGACUGUUUCCGGGUCAACUUACAUUUUCUGAAGUUUUUGGGAUAUCAACUUUAUUGUUAGCUUACACGGAGUUCAUUUUCAAACGUAAUUGUUCACAAAACCAGUUCUCGUGGUAAUAAAGUGUUCGCUCGCGGGAUCAAAGGUCCUGGAUUUGAUCCUUUGUGGUGUGCUCGUAGACCCGUCAAUGCCGCGGAUUUCAUAUUACGACAAAACGGCUGUCCAGUGUCUACUAGUUCCCAAUAAUAGUCUAACUAAGAUCAAUUUGUGACAUAAAAAUACAUGAUUAAAGGAAGUGCCCUUGGAAUUUUUUAAUAAACGGAAUACACCCAUUAUGACAUCUUUCUUUCUUAUUUAAAGGAAGUGCAACGAAAGGCUUGAAAUAUACUCAAAAUUAAGUGUACGACUGUGUAUUUCAUUCUGGCUGGUAAACUAAGUACUACUACACGUUCCCUACCAAUCAUGUUGAUCUUAAAAUCCACAUACUUGUAUUCAGUCUUCAAACACAUAAGCACUGAUUGCGCGGUGUAAUAGGUUAUCUUCUGUGAUUGAAAUUGUCUGAGAUUAUUUUGUCUCAACAGGUUGAAGUAUAGAACUAUUAAAUCUAUUAGUGAGUAUUAACCAUAUUGAGUCACUAUAACGUGAUAAUUAACCAUUCACUUAUUAUAUAAUGUACUAAGUAUUUGUUAUCUGGUAGUUUAAUCAAACGCUAGUUUUGAUAUCCUAGCAGUAUCGGUAGAAUAGUACUAUUUUCAACUCUCACAAUGCAUAACCAGCCUAGCAAUGAACUUUUCUGAGUACUUUGAUACUAGCGAUAGGGAAGAAAAGUCAUCACUUUAAAAACAUCAUUAUUAAAUUAUCGAGCAGCAGUGGCAUCACAAGAACUGUCUUUUUUUGAGCCAAAUUUAGUAGUAUCGUAUAAUGAGCCGAAUUGACUCUUGUUGGAUUAUAUUCCAUUCAGUUCAACUGUUGCGUAAUAUCACUUGUCCAGGUUAGGAGUAACAUAAGGAAGUACGUAGUUUAGCUUUUCUGGUUGUAUUGCAUUUCUGGACUAUAUUAGUCUUCAAUUUCUUAUUCUCCAUUUCACCUAUUAAUGCUCCAGUUUCGCGAAUGUAUUUAUAUUUUGACAGAUUGUUCGAAUUAAGAAGUCCUGUGAGGCUGUAAAAAUAAUAUUGUAACUGCAUACUUCUUAAAAUAUGGUUGAAGUUUACAAGCUGAGAUGCACUCUAUCGGGUCAUAAGAGCGACGUCCGUGCAGUCACUUGUCUUUCGGAUACCAGAAUUGUUUCUGCUUCAAGGGAUUUAACAGCAAGGACAUGGCAUAUUUCCAAAGAAGGUUGCGAUGGCUGUGAAGAUAUGGUUCUUCUCGGGCAUACAAAUUAUGUAUCAGCUGUGUGUUGUCAAGAAUUAGAUAAGGAAUGUCGUAUUCUAACAGGAUCACAUGAUAAACUAAUUCGAGGUUAUAAUUCUAUGUCUCCAGAAGCUCUUUUCACUUUAGAAGGGCAUAAAGAUACAGUGUGUACUUUAGCGGUUGGAAAUCACAAAACCAUAAUUAGUGGUUCUUGGGAUAAAUCAAUCAAAAUAUGGAAGGAAGAAAAGUGUGUUUCUACUCUCACAGGACAUGAAGCAGCAGUAUGGUGUGUACUCGUUAUGUCGGCCGUAAAUAUAACCGGUCAUGUUGAUGAUUUAAUUGUUAUCUCUGGUUCAGCUGAUCGAACUAUACGUAUAUGGUGCCUACGUGGUUUUAAUCAAGAUAUAAGUUCGCCUGAAAUAAUUUUAUUAAAUUCUUUAAUUGAACAUAAAGACUGUGUACGUGCCUUGGCACGUAUUGAUGAUUCACGAUUUUUAUCAGCAAGCAAUGAUGCCAGUAUAAGAGCUUGGGAUGCUACUACGGGUAAAUGUAUUGGAGAGUUUUAUGGGCACACAAAUUUUGUUUAUGGAUUGGCUUGUUCACCUAAUUUUCCAAAAUUUGUUUCCUGUGGUGAGGAUAGAAGUAUUCGUGUCUGGCUUUUACCUUCGGCAAGUGAAUGGGCUCCUGAAAAACAUUUUAGUUGCUUUCAAACUAUUCUGUUGCCAUGUCAGUCUGCGUGGUGUGUAGCUAUGGUACCGAAUGGUGAUAUUAUUGUCGGAGGCAGUGAUUCGAUGAUUCGGAUAUUUUCAUGUGAUUCAACACGACAAGCAUCUUCAGAUAUCUUGAAACUUUAUGAGACAGAAUUAGCCAAUUUUAAGAUUACAGUUCCUAGUUCUUCUGGAGCUGGAGAUUUAGUUUUGAACAAUUUACCGGGAGUUGAGGCUUUAACGAGACCAGGGAAAUCGGAAGGACAGAUCUUGGUCAUUAACGAUAAUGGCCGCUCUGUUUGUUAUCAAUGGUCUUCACAUGAUACUCGGUGGAUUGAAGUUGGUGAUGUUGUGGGAAGUCAACCUUCUAAUCGUCAAGUUCAUGAAGGCAAAGAAUACGAUUUUGUAUUUACGGUUGAUAUUGAUGAUAGCAUGCCUGGGCUUAAACUACCUUACAAUCGUACUGAAGAUCCCUGGUUUGCAGCUCAUUCUUUCAUUCAAAGACAUGAUUUACCUGCUGGUUAUCUGGAUACAGUUGCUAAUUUCAUUAUUCAAAAUGCAGGACCUCCAAUUAAUCCAGUUGUCAGCAAUGAUCUUUCUCACAGUGAUCCUUUUACUGGAGCACAUCGAUAUAUCCCAAAUAGCUUUUCUUCGACGAUAACCAAGUCCACCACAAAUGGAACAUCGGUUUUCGCAUCUCAUUUCCCACCCGAUACCUUUAUAUCUAUGAAAUCAAUCAGCCUUGGUCCUUUAAUGACUAAACUAGAGUCGUUCAAUGUCCAAUCACCGAUUCCGUUAAAUAAUGAAUUUUUAGAAGCAUGUAGAAAAUUCAACAUUGAUGAUUGUACUGAAACUGAAGCUGUUUAUCUUACUACUCAUAUUCUUGAUGCAAUAAACAAGUGGACUCCCGAUACAAUAUUCCCCUUAUUGGAUAUUUUACGGUGUUUAGUCUUUUGGCCGAUAUCCAGUGAUAUUAUAUUUGAAACAACAAAUUGGAAUUAUUUAUUGUUAAUUAGUUUUAACAAUCCUGAUUUGUCAAGUGCAAAUUGUUUAUUAAUGUUACGUCUAUUAGUAAACUCUUUAGCUGCAGAUGGUCCAAGAUUUAUUGACGCAAUUCAGCGUCAGUUUUUGUCGUCAUCAUCAUCAUCAUCCUUAACAAAUAGUAGUGAUAAGCCGAACGUUGUACCAAAAUCUUUAAUUACUGCUGUUGGAAUAACUGGGAGAUUAGUUGAACUUGUUAAUGAUAAUAAAUUGCAGUUUGUAACGCGUAAACCACAUCAGGUUGCGUUGGCCUGUUUGAUGUAUAAUAUGUCUGUACUUGUUCAUUUGGCGAAACCGUUUUCUAUCGAGUCAAAUAUAUUUCCUCAACUGCGCUUUAUAUCUGGUGUUUGUAUUCGAAUAAGUCUUAAUAUUCUAUCACUUGCCUUGGAUCAUGGUUGUAGUGGUGUUACACAAUUACACCCUGAAGCUGUAAAUCACUUAUUUGUAUCUAUUGGUACCUGUUUAUUAUCAGUAACUUCAGGAUUAAAUUCAACAGAUGAGCAGUUAAAAACACAACGUAUUCGUAUUCUUGCAUCAGCUAUGAUUGGUUUGAAAGAUUUACCUCAAAGUGUUGAUAACGAUGUAAAUAUUGAUAAUAAUGUUGAAGAAUUUACCGCCUGGGAAUCAGUUCGUAAAAUUAUUAAUUAUUGGAUAACAACACCUACAGUUUGUUCUAAUGUACGAGCAUGUGCAUCUCAAUUACUUUCAAUUUUAGAAUAACAGUAUCAAGUGACUAAAAACAAUAUUUGUACUUAUUAAAAAUUUACACUUUUUGCUUAAUAUAACUGUUUUGGAUUGUAAAUUUUAAACACGUUUAAGAAGUAUUCAUAUAGGUGUAUGUGUAUCAUUUUCACUCUAAUGACUUUUCAUUUUUAUCAAGUCUUGUGAAUUUGUUCAUAUUUUUAUAGACGCACAUUAUUUUUUUUGUUGCAUAUUGUUUUUUGUACAAAUAUGUGUUUUUUUCAUUGAUUUUGUGAAUUAGAUACUAAUUGCAUGUGUAGUUUUCUGUUUACAUUAUCAUCUUGCGUCUUGAAAGUCUUCAAUGAUUAGUAUACAUAUAUACGGUUAACUCACUUCUACGUAUUGGGUGUCUCGUUCAAUAAAUGUUUCACGUUUAAGCUAAAAAAUUGACAAAGUAUAGUGAAUUUAUUUUGUAAUUUAGACUAAUAAUAAUUUUCUGUUUGAAUAAAUGCUAUAGUCUAAACCCAAAUCGACCUCAUACAAGUUUGUAUGCUGAUUGAGAAAUUGCACCCUUUAUAUGUUGGUUAAUUAACCAUACAA